GUCAAUUCAUAAGGAACACUGGCUGGAGAAAGUGGUUACAUUAUACGCUGCCAGUGAUUUAACGGAAGCAGAGGUGCCAAACCUGGAAUUUCUCUCUACAAUUUGCUUGAACAUACAGGAAGAUUGAUGGGGUGUACCGUGAUAGAUGUCUCGUCUUCUUGAGGAAUAUGGGUUGAGGUAAUAAACAAUGCAAACUUAUACCCGCUAUACGGCUUUAGGCUCCAGUCAAAGAGGAGAUGCCAGAUGAUUGCAUGUUUUUGUAUUGAGGUAGUGAGUUAGCGCUGCGGUCUGAACAGUCCUUCUGGCAUGCCAUCUGUGAAUGAUAGGAAUUGUUUUGCUUGCACAUCUCCGCGUCUGUUUGUAAAACUGGGCGCCUCUAAAAAGGAUGCGUACUCCAUAAUAUGUGACCAUUCAGUGAAUAACAUAUGGAAGAUUGUGACAUGGAAACCUAAACUUUCUCCUUAAAGUUCCAUUCUUUUGGGAUAUUUGGAACACCGAAAAUAUGGAGAGUUCAAGAAAGGACGUAAUCCACCCGAAGCUCUGAAGAACAUAGCAAAAGCUUUUUAUUUUUUAAUGUUCCUUGAAUUUUCUCUUGGACAUUACACACAGCAAACGGGACUCGUGGCUGGAACAGCAGUGCGUGUUGUGAUGCUGCUUCUGUGUCUCUUAUCUAGCCUCAGUUUGGAUUUUUUCUACAAGAUCUGUGCAGUUCUACAAUGGCUCGCUUCGAAGAUGAUCUUUCCGGACGGAGAGGGGGCAUCAAGCCUCCAGGCCCCCCAAGCGGCCCCAGGGUCUACAAGCAAACGAUGGCUCAAAGAGCCAGAACAAUGGCUAUAUACAACCCCAUACCUGUUAAGCAAAACUUCCUCACUGUCAACCGGUCUCUCUUCAUCUUCAGCGAGGAUAACAUAAUACGAAAAUACGCCAAAAAGAUUACAGAGUGGCCUCCAUUUGAGUACAUGAUCCUGGCCACCAUCAUAGCCAACUGCAUCGUUCUGGCCCUGGAGCAGCACCUGCCUGCUAGCGACAAGACGCCCAUGUCAGAACGCCUGGAUGAUACAGAGCCCUACUUCAUUGGAAUAUUUUGUUUUGAGGCCGGCAUCAAGAUCAUCGCCCUUGGGUUUGCGUUUCACAAAGGCACCUACCUCCGUAAUGGCUGGAAUGUAAUGGAUUUUGUGGUCGUCUUAACAGGGAUUCUGGCCACGGCUGGGGCCGACUUUGAUUUACGAACACUAAGGGCGGUCAGAGUCUUACGACCUCUCAAACUGGUGUCUGGAAUCCCGAGUCUCCAGGUGGUGUUGAAAUCCAUUAUGAAAGCCAUGGUGCCCCUGCUGCAGAUAGGCAUGUUGCUGUUUUUUGCGAUCCUCAUGUUCGCCAUUAUCGGCUUGGACUUUUACAUGGGCAAGUUUCACCGGACCUGCUUCAGGAAUGACACCGGUGAGCAGAUGGCAGACUUCCCCUGUGGACUGGAGAACCCAGCCAGGACCUGCCCCAUUGGCACCCUGUGUCAGGAGUACUGGCUGGGCCCCAACUACGGCAUCACUAACUUUGACAACAUCCUGUUUGCCAUUCUCACCGUCUUCCAGUGCAUCACCAUGGAGGGCUGGGUGGAUAUCCUCUACAAUGCCAACGAUGCCUCGGGGAACACGUGGAACUGGCUCUACUUCAUCCCUCUCAUCAUCAUCGGCUCCUUCUUCAUGCUCAACCUGGUGCUGGGGGUCCUGUCAGGGGAGUUUGCCAAAGAGCGUGAGCGUGUGGAGAAGAGGCAGGAGUUCCUGAAGCUGCGGAGACAGCAGCAGAUCGAGAGAGAGCUGACUGGAUACCUGGAGUGGAUCUGCAAGGCAGAGGAGGUCAUGCUGGCGGAGGAGGACAAGCACGCGGAGGAGAAGUCGCCCAUGGACGGGGCCUGGUACAAGAGGAAACAGAACAACCCAGUGUUAAAAAGAGCGAAAAAGAGCAAGAAUGACCUGAUCAAUGCAGAGGAAGGGGAGGAGCACUUUACAGAGUCAUCUGUUGUGCCCCAAGGCUCACCGUUCGGCAGGGCCAGCCUGAAGAGCAGCAAGAACGACAGCUCCUCCUACUUCCGCAGGAAAGAGAAGCGAGUCCGUUUCACUAUCCGCCGUCUGGUCAAGGCCCAGAGCUUCUAUUGGACGGUGCUGUGCCUGGUGGGCCUCAACACCCUGUGCGUGGCCAUCGUCCAUUACGACCAGCCGGAGUGGCUGACCUACGCUCUCUAUCUGGCAGAGUUUGUGUUCUUGGGAUUGUUCCUGACUGAGAUGUCUAUGAAGAUGUAUGGUCUGGGCCCCAGAACCUACUUUCACUCAUCGUUCAACUGCUUUGAUUUUGGGGUGAUCAUCGGCAGUAUUUUCGAGGUGAUCUGGGCCGCGAUCAAACCCGGAGCCUCCUUUGGUAUCAGCGUCCUGAGAGCUCUCCGGUUGCUGAGGAUCUUCAAAGUCACCAAAUACUGGAACUCCCUGAGGAACCUGGUGGUGUCCCUGCUGAACUCCAUGAAGUCCAUCAUCAGCUUAUUAUUCCUGCUCUUCCUCUUCAUCGUGGUGUUUGCCCUGCUAGGCAUGCAGCUCUUUGGGGGACAGUUUAAUUUCGAGGAGGAGACGCCAACGACUAACUUUGACACGUUCCCAGCAGCUAUUCUCACUGUCUUCCAGAUCCUGACGGGAGAGGAUUGGAAUGCAGUGAUGUACCAUGGGAUAGAGUCACAGGGGGGCGUUCGGCGUGGAAUGUUCUCCUCGAUCUACUUCAUCGUUCUGACCCUCUUUGGAAACUACACUCUCCUCAACGUCUUCUUGGCCAUUGCUGUGGAUAACCUUGCCAACGCUCAGGAGCUCACUAAGGAUGAGGAGGAGCAGGAAGAGGCCAUCAAUAAGAAGCUGGCUAUGCAGAAGGCCAAGGAGGUAAAGGAGGUUAGCCCCAUGUCUGCGGCCAACAUCUCCAUAACAGCAGGGAGCAAAGGCAAGGACAUCAGCACCAUCAAAUCUCUCAGGGUGUUGAGAGUCCUACGCCCUCUGAAGACCAUCAAGCGUCUGCCCAAACUGAAGGCUGUGUUUGACUGCGUGGUCAACUCUCUGAAGAACGUUCUGAACAUCCUGAUCGUGUACAUGCUGUUCAUGUUCAUCUUCGCCGUCAUCGCCGUGCAGCUCUUCAAAGGGAAGUUCUUCUACUGCACCGACGAGUCCAAGGGCUUGGAGAAGGACUGCAGAGGGCAGUUCUUAGACUAUGAUAGGGACGAGGUGUCGGCCCAGCCCAGGGAAUGGAGGAAGUAUGAGUUCCACUAUGACAACGUGCUCUGGGCUUUCCUCACCCUGUUCACCGUGUCCACUGGGGAAGGCUGGCCCACAGUCCUGAAGCACUCGGUGGACGCCACCUUUGAGGACAAGGGUCCAAGCCCGGGCUACCGCAUCGAGAUCUCCAUCUUCUACGUGGUCUACUUUGUGGUCUUCCCCUUCUUCUUCGUCAACAUCUUCGUGGCCCUCAUCAUCAUCACCUUCCAGGAGCAGGGCGACAAGGCCAUGGCGGAGUGCAGCCUGGAGAAGAACGAGAGAGCCUGUAUAGACUUUGCCAUCAACGCCAAGGCACUGACCCGCUACAUGCCCGAGGACGCCCAGUCCUUCCAAUACCGGAUGUGGAAGUUCGUGGUGUCGGCUCCAUUCGAGUACUCCAUCAUGAUCAUGAUCGCCCUCAACACGGUGGUGCUCAUGAUGAAGUUCCAUGGAGCUCCUGACUUCUACGAGGCCAUGCUGAAGAACCUGAACAUCGUGUUCACCGCCCUCUUCUCCCUGGAGUGCAUCCUCAAGAUCAUCGCCUUCGGCCCUCUGAACUACCUGAAGGACGCGUGGAACGUGUUUGAUUUCGUGACCGUCAUCGGCAGCAUCACCGACAUCCUGGUCACGGAGAUCAAUACCACGGAUCGCCUGCUGAACCUCAGCUUUCUGAGGCUGUUCCGGGCGGCUCGUCUCAUCAAGCUGCUGAGGCAGGGCUACACCAUCCGGAUCCUGCUAUGGACCUUCGUACAGUCCUUCAAGGCCCUGCCGUAUGUCUGCCUUCUUAUCGCGAUGCUGUUCUUCAUCUACGCCAUCAUCGGAAUGCAAGUGUUUGGGAACAUCGAGCUCAAUGACGACACAGCCAUCAAUCGCCAUAACAACUUCUGUACCUUCCUUCAAGCGCUCAUGCUUCUGUUCAGGAGUGCCACAGGGGAAGCAUGGCAUGAGAUCAUGCUGUCCUGUCUGAGUCACCGGGCGUGUGAGGAGAGAUCGGGGAACCAGGGGAAGGAGUGCGGCAGCGACUUUGCCUACUUCUAUUUUGUCUCCUUCAUCUUCCUCUGCUCCUUCCUGAUGCUGAACCUGUUUGUGGCUGUCAUCAUGGAUAACUUUGAGUACCUGACCAGAGACUCGUCUAUACUGGGACCUCACCACCUGGACGAAUUCAUCCGCGUUUGGGCUGAGUACGACCCUGCCGCCUGUGGUCGUAUCAAGCACCUCGACAUGUAUCAGAUGCUGCUCCACAUGUCCCCACCCUUAGGUUUGGGAAAGAAAUGUCCGCCAAGAGUCGCCUACAAGCGCCUGGUCAAGAUGAACAUGCCCAUUGCCGACGACAACACCGUCCACUUCACCUCCACCCUCAUGGCCCUGAUUCGCACGGCCCUGGAGAUUAAACUGGGCUCAGGGAUGGUGGGCCAACGUCUGUCUGACGCAGAGCUGAAGAAGGAGCUGGCAACGGUGUGGCCCAGUCUCUCCCAGAAGACCAUGGACCUGCUGGUGACUCCACACAAGCCCAAUGAGCUCACAGUUGGGAAGCUCUAUGCAGCCCGGAUGAUCUUUGACUACCUCAAGCAGAGGCAAGCCAAGAGACUUCAGCAGAGUAAGAUCGAGGCUCUGUUUAAGCCAUUGCUGCCUCUGACUCACAUGCAGGAGAAGGACAGGCCUCCAAACAGUGUGGAGCCUCCUUGUGAACUCCAGCCUCAGCCUCAGCCCCUGCCUCAACCCCAGGCCCAGGCCCAGGUCCAGGCCAGACCUAGCACCAACUCCCUUAACAAUGGGGGUGCUCUGCCUGGCCAUAAGCACCCGAUCAAAGGCUCGUCUUCCUGGGUCACAGAGUCUCGAGAUGUCCAGAGGCCCAAGAUGAAGAAAGCCAGGUCCAGGGACCAGUCAGAAGACGUCCCAAACCCAGCCAGUCCUAAGGAGUCUGUGGAGAUGAAGGAGAUGGAUACUAGUGUGGCGUCGGUGCCUGGUGACGGGUGUUCUCUGGACAGCCAUGGAAGGGCGGUGUCCAUGCCUCGCCUCAACGCUGAGCUACAGAGCCACUCUCGUCAUUCCCCGGGGAUCCAGCUGGCUCCCGUCCCUGACGCCAGCUACAUGAAGCGCUCGGCCUCCACCGCGGCACCCCAGCGGCCCCAGGAGGUGAACCUGCGUGACUACACCCUGGAGAAGCCCUCGCAGGAGAGGGCCCCUCAUCACCGCCACCACCAUCGCUGCCAUCACCGCAGAGAGAAAGACAAGGAGAAGAAGCAGAGGUCCCUGGAUAGGAGCCUGGGAGGACAGCCUCCGAGCACAGCUGGUGCGCCGGGCGAUCCGGCAGCAGAGCCGGCCUCCGGAGAGAGGGGUCACGACCGCGGGCGCUCCCACGAGAGGAAGCACCACUCCUCCUCGGCGACGGCGGCGGAGAAACACCGCUACUACUCCUGCGACCGCUACAGCAGCCGGGAACACUGCCACACCAAGUCUGCCACCACCAGCUGUGCGACCUCCCCCAGCGAGGGUCAGGACACCAGCUUCAACAAACAGGGCAGUGGUUGGGUUAAAGGCAGCCCGGUGAUGUUGACCUCAGGUGUUAGCACGCCCAGCCGCGGCCGCAGGCAGCUCCCCCAGACCCCCCUGACCACCCGGCCUGGGGUGGCCUACAAGACUGCCAACUCCUCCCCCGUGCACUUUGCGUCCGCCCAGGCCGGCCCGCCCAGCCUGAGUCCUGGCAGGUUGAGCCGAGGGCUGUCGGAGCACAACGCCCUCCUGCACAGCGGCACCUCCCCCGUCCCCUCCCCCGUCACCCGCAUCAGCUCCGAGCCCUUCCUGGCGCCCUCCAUCGGGAGCCCUCUCCGUAGCGUGCGCGACGAGCUGGCCUUUUUCCAGGACGAGCCUAGCCCUCACGCCGUCGGACGUCUGCCUCGGACUGCGCUGCCUCACGUGGGGGGCCUGCCUCUGCCCCCCCAGCAAAGCCUGAGGGUGGCUAACGGAUAUCACUUCAGCUUUGGGGGCAUUGGCAGCCCAAGCACCGGGGCCAGGGUUCCCAGAUACUACUAUGAGGCAGAGGAGGACGGAUGGUGCUAGCAUGGCUUCAAACGGAUGUUUUUAAUGCAUUUUGGAUUAAAUGUGAUGAGUUUUAUCAUCUUUUUUUUUUUUUUUUUUUUUUACACUGUUGCUAAAUACGUGUACAAAGUUGUGUUUAAUCUUUUUGUGGUGAAGUGGAACCAAGGGGACAUUUCUAUUUGAAUGGAAACCGAGAUGUGUCAUUUUUACGACUUGUGUGAUGAGGAAAUUGGAUGCAAAUUGAUGAAUAAAUUAGAGUUGUGGCACCUGUAA